GAGGACAAAUGUUGGGUUUGGUUGUAUCAUCAACUUUGCAACCACCGAGCUUCCGCGAAGAACAGGAGGUGACUGCACCAAAGAAAGCAUCGAGCACUAUUCCCGUGUCUUCUGUUUGUGGUUGGCAAGUAAGAGUCAAAGCGGUCUGCAACAAUGUACCUGAAUCUUCUGUGCGCAGCCACCCUGCUCGGUGUUGUCCAUCCUACUCCUGUCUUCCCUCGUGCAUCAAACCAAGUGUUUGCUUUGGGCGCUGCCAACAGUCCAGCCGAUGUCUACGAUGGCGCUGGUGCAGGCAGCGACGCCUACCGAACCUAUUCUGGCGACGGCUCAGCAUCAUCUGGCUGGCCGGAGAUGGCGCAGUGGAUCUCGUUUGAGGAUAUGUUUGUUGCGAACGAAAACUUUAUGCGGGUGUCGUGUGUCAAUCUAGGAUCAGAUAAUGGGCCCGACAACAGCGACGAAGAAAUCACCCAGAUCUGGGACGCAAUCCAGUCUGCAUCUUCUCAAACCAACGUCGACCACCGCUUCAUCCUGGCAAUCCUCCUUCAAGAAUCCAAUGGCUGCGUUCGAGUCCGAACGACCGAUAACGGCGUGCCCAACCCGGGGUUGAUGCAGGCUCAUGAUGGCGAGUUCUCUUGCAAUGCAAAUGGGAACAUUCAGACACCGUGUCCCGCUUCUGAGAUCACCGGCAUGGUCCUUGAUGGUGUGGCUGGGACUUUGAGUGGGGAUGGCCUCGCUGGCAUACUGAAUCAAGUCGGCGGACAGGACGCGGAAGCAUACUAUCGGGCUGCCCGACAAUACAACACUGGGUCAAUCGCAGAGGACGGUAACCUGGACGAGGGGGGAUACUCUACGAAUUGCUACGCCAGUGACAUUGCGAACCGAUUGAUGGGCUGGGUUUGGGCAAAAUCGAGUUGCUCCCUUUGA